UGCUGUCGGCCUAGCGCCUUGCAUACUCGCUCGUAACCUAGUGCACCGCCAUCUUGGGUUUGGGAAAUCUGAGAGCGCAAGAGAAACGGCGAGGGAGCGCUUCGUGAAGCGAGUCAAGAGUUAGGGAAGUGGCAGCAGCAGUGACGGCGGCCGCCGCGGAAGAGGGAAAGGGUGAAGGCCACCACCUCUCCCCGUGCAGUGUUGGGGCCCGAGGAGGCACAUUGCACUGCAAAUAAAAUGACACCAUAUCCACCCCACAGAGUGUUGCGGCUUUGAAAGUUUGGGGGAAAAGCAACAGUGUACAAAAUGCAGUACUGUGGAACUCGGUUGAUGUUCUUCAGAUGUUUGUAAUAUACAUAAAGUUGUGCGUGGACAAAUUUUAUGAAGUUGAUCUUGGAAAAAGAGUGAUACACACAUGAGGAGUUCAACCUGGCAGACUUCUGUAUGAAGAGAUUUUUAUUCUAUGGCCUCAGAGCUUGGCGUGAAGGAGGAUGGCUUCUGUGAAGAGCUGGCAACACCUCUCCACUUGCAGUACCUGGAGCGGGCCCUGCGGUUAGAACACUUCUUACGAGAAACAGCUACCAUCUUCAGCAGAAGCAUCUCCAGUGAUGAAAGUGAAGAUGGAUUAGAAGAUGGCCCUUCACUGCCUCAGCAUACAGAUUCUACACGAGUGAAAGAAGAACCUCUAGAUGAAGAACUUCUAGAACUGUCCAGACCAGGAUGUUCUAGUGGUUUUGCCAAACAUUCAGUAAACGGAGUUCUACAGCCAGAACCCAAGUUUGAAAAGGGAAGUCUGUAUAAUUUUUCUAAAGUAAAGAAGAACCGAAAGUGGUUGAAGAGUAUACUAUUAAGUGAUGACUCCUCAGAUUCUGAAUCAGAAAUUGAUGAAGAUGAUGAAGAUGAAGAUUAUGAAGAAGAGUUUGUUUUGUCUCGAGAUGAACUUCAAGACAUGCUGCGAUUGCAUCAGUACAAAAAAUUUCAUCAGAACAAAUUUGCCAAGGACAAAGAUCAAAUGCAGCAGUACCAAUACUACAGUGUUGGACUCUUGUCCACACACGACUCUUUCUAUGAGCAACAGCGCCAUUUAUUGGGUCCUAAGAAGAAAAAAUUUAAGGAGGAAAAAAAACUGAAAGCACGGUUGAAGAAAGUGAAGAAAAAGAAAAAGCGGGAAGAAGAGCUUUCAUCUGAAGGGUCACCAAGGCACCAUAGUCAACAGAAAGUGUUUGCUAAAUUUUCCCAUGAUGCACCCCAUUUUAUAUCUAAGAAGAAACAUCUGACUGUGGAGCAACUCAAUGCACGCCGUCGCAAAGUCUGGCUGAGCAUAGUGAAGAAAGAGAUCCCCAAGGCCUUCAAGCAAAAAGCAUCUGCCCGCAAUCUUAUAAUUACCAACUCAAAGAAGCUGGCCCAUCAGUGCAUGAGAGAGGUACGAAGAGCAGCCAUCCAAGCACAAAAGAAUUGUAAGGAAACCCUGCCGAGGGCACGAAGACUUACCAAAGAAAUGCUCUUGUACUGGAAGAAGUAUGAGAAGGUGGAGAAAGAGCACCGUAAACGAGCUGAGAAAGAAGCCCUAGAACAGAGAAAACUGAAUGAGGAGAUGAGGGAGGCUAAGAGGCAGCAAAGAAAACUGAACUUCUUGAUCACCCAGACUGAAUUGUAUGCUCAUUUUAUGAGCCACAAACGUGCCGAAGGUGCAGACAGCAUGCAGGAAGAGAUUUUGCGGAAACUUGAAGACAACUCAACUCAUAGGCAUAUCGACCUGGGAGGAGGGGUAGUGCUUAGUGUUCGCCAGGAUGAUUAUGACAGUGAAUAUUACAAGUCGCAAGCUUUGAAAAAUGCAAAUGAAGCUUACCGGAUUCACCAAGUUCAGACCAAAUCAUUUGAUGAAGAUGCCAAGGAAAGUCGAUCUGCAGCACUUAGAGCAGCCAGUGAAUCUGGGACGGGCUUUGGAGAGAGCUACAGUCUGGCAAAUCCAUCCAUCUGUGCUGGUGAAGACAUACCACAACCUACUAUAUUUUGUGGCAAGUUGAAAGGCUAUCAGCUGAAAGGCAUGAACUGGUUGGCUAAUUUGUACGAGCAGGGUAUCAAUGGAAUUCUGGCUGAUGAGAUGGGGCUGGGAAAAACAGUGCAAAGUAUUGCCCUUUUGGCUCACCUUGCUGAGAGAGAAAACAUUUGGGGUCCAUUCCUCAUUAUCUCACCAGCCUCCACUCUAAACAACUGGCAUCAAGAGUUUACCAGAUUUGUUCCUAAUUUCAAGGUACUUCCUUACUGGGGCAAUCCCCAUGACAGGAAAGUUAUAAGGAAAUUCUGGAGCCAGAAAACCCUGUAUACGCAAGAUGCACCAUUUCAUGUGGUCAUCACUAGUUACCAACUAGUGGUGCAAGAUGUGAAGUAUUUCCAACGGGUGAAGUGGCAGUACAUGGUCCUGGAUGAAGCUCAGGCCCUGAAGAGCAGCUCAAGCGUUCGCUGGAAGAUUCUGUUGCAGUUUCAUUGCCGGAACCGCCUUUUGCUUACUGGGACUCCGAUUCAAAACACUAUGGCUGAGCUGUGGGCUCUUUUGCACUUUAUUAUGCCAACUCUCUUUGACAACCAUGAAGAAUUCAAUGAGUGGUUUUCCAGGGACAUAGAAAGUCAUGCCGAGAACAAGUCCACCAUUGACGAGAACCAGUUGUCACGUUUGCACAUGAUCCUGAAACCUUUCAUGCUGAGGAGGAUAAAGAAAGAUGUGGAAAAUGAGCUGAGUGAUAAGAUUGAGAUCCUGAUGUACUGCCAGCUGACUAGCAGGCAGAAGUUGCUUUAUCAGGCAUUGAAAAACAAAAUCUCCAUUGAGGAUCUACUUCAGUCAUCCAUGGGGACCACCCAGCAAGCUCAGAACACCACCAGCAGCCUCAUGAACCUUGUUAUGCAAUUCAGGAAAGUAUGCAAUCACCCUGAGCUGUUCGAGCGUCGUGAGACGUGGUCCCCAUUUCACAUCUCUUUAAAGCCAUAUUUCAUUACAAAGUUCCUCUUUCGACAAGGGCGGAUCAACAUCUUCAACCAUAGUCGUAAUCGGUGGUUGCAGUUCAUUCUUUCUCCAUUUGCUCCGGAUCAUAUUCACCAGUCUCUUUUUCACAGGAAAGGCAACAAAGAAAAUAGCAGUUUCUCUUUUCUCCGUUUCAUUGACCUUUGUCCUGCUGAAAUGACAAAUCUCAUGUUUCAGGGAAUGAUAGCAAGAUGGUUAGCACUUUAUCUGUCUCUAAAGGCAUCUUACAGGCUCCACCACCAACGCACCUGGGCAGAUGAAGAGAAAACAAACAGAGCAAGAUCUCCUUACUUACAGAACAGAGAUUUGCUUCUGUGGAUAGAUUCUCCUACAUCUUUCCCCAACAUUCAUAGCAGCACUGUGCUACAGAACCUGGUGUUCUCCAGCUACUUUUGGGCAGUUAGUGGCCAUGCAGAUCAUGUUAUUCGACGAAGGAAAUUGUCAUUCGUAUCAGUGAGGCGGUGCCAAGUGACAGAAAUACCAAACUUCCUCUUCAUCUCUAUACCACAGGUAACUGCAGUCCCUUUGGACUACUACUGCAUUGAUCGCAGUUCAGAAUAUGAGCGGCGGGGAUUCAGAGAAGGUGGAAACAUCCUAGCCAAGUACUGUGUACAGUACGGCUCCCCAGAACUGGCAUCUGAAUGGUUGAAUCGCUCUUCUUGCUUCUUCCCAGAACCACCUGGUGGACUGAUGGGGCUUCUUCCAAACCAUGGCUGGUCUUUCAUCCGAAUACCUGAUAAGGAGAGCUUGAUCACAGACAGUGGGAAACUUUAUGCCCUUGACCAUCUUCUGACCCGAUUGAAAUCUCAAGGCCAUCGAGUGCUCAUUUACUCUCAGAUGACCAGAAUGAUUGACUUGCUAGAGGAAUACAUGGUAUAUCGUCAGCACACCUACAUGCGCCUUGAUGGAUCGUCAAAGAUCUCCGAGAGACGAGAUAUGGUGGCUGAUUUUCAGAGCAGAAAUGAUAUUUUUACAUUUCUUCUGAGCACAAGGGCUGGAGGUCUUGGAAUCAACUUAACUGCUGCUGACACUGUAAUAUUCUAUGACAGUGACUGGAAUCCUACUGUAGAUCAACAGGCAAUGGACCGCGCACACAGACUUGGACAGACAAAACAAGUCACGGUCUACAGGCUAAUUUGCAAGGGGACGAUUGAAGAGAGGAUUUUACAAAGAGCCAAAGAGAAAAGUGAGAUCCAGCGGAUGGUGAUCUCAGGGGGAAAUUUCAAGCCAGACACACUGAAACCCAAAGAGGUGGUUAGCCUGCUGCUGGAUGACGAGGAACUGGAGAAGAAGUUGCGGCAACGACAAGAGGAGAAGAGACAGCAAGAAGAAUCAAACCGGCUGAAAGAACGUAAGAGGAAGCGUGAAAAGUAUGCAGAAAAGAAGAAGAGAGAGGAUGAGCUUGAUAUGAAGAGGAGAAAAGAUGGACUCAACCUUGUGAUUCCCUUUGUCCCUUCUGCUGAUAACUCCAACUUGUCUGCAGAUGGAGAGGAUUCUUUCAUCAGUGUAGAUUCUGCAAUGCCAAGUCCUUUUAGUGAGAUCUCAAUGAGCAGCGAACUCCAAGCAGGUUCAAUUCCACCAGAUGAUAGCAGUAAUGACAUGCUUGUUAUUGUGGAUGAACCAGGUUCAUCAGCACCACAGUCCAGGGCUACCAACUCACCAGCCUCAGUUACAGGGUCUGUUUCAGAUACCGUUAAUGGUGCACCUAGUACUGAUCCCUCCACCCCAGGAAGGGGGCGAUCAGGAAGAGGUCGGGGUCGCCCAAAGGGAUCAGGUAGUUCUGGAAAGAGUGGAAGCAAAGGGCGAAGUCGUAAAUCAACGGCUGGCAGUGCAGCAGCCAUGGCUGGCGCAAUGGCAGGUGCAGCAGCUGCGUCAGCUGCAGCUUAUGCUGCUUAUGGAUUCAGUGUAACAAAAGGUAUCUCAAGCAGUAGUCCACUACAAUCCUCUCAGGUCCGUCCAACUGGUAUCGCUGCUUUUGGUCCUGUAAGUGCUUCCUCUCCAUUAGGAUCCCCUAUAAGUAAAGGGGCAAUUGUUCCUGGAACUUUGCAGGAAUCAAACCUUGUAAACGCAGUUGGCACUGAAACUCCAAUUCAUAAGCAAAGCAAAGGAGCCAGCACCUCUUUAGGGCGAUAGCACCUGACAUGGAUUCCAUCUUCUUUUAUGUGCCCUAUGCUCCCCCCACCAAAAAAAGAAGCUGCAAAGCCAUAAAGCUGAAGACUGUAUGUAAACUGCACCUGAAUCAACUUGAAUAUGUAACACACCAACUGUGAAGAAGAUAAAAGCUGCAUUACAUUCUUAUGGGCUUGGCCUACACAGUAUUUUCCUGUAUUUUGUGGAGUUAUGUUUUCUGUGCCAGUUUUACAAAGUCCUCUACAGAAAUCAAAAGGCUUAAAAUGGAUUAAGACUGAUUUUUUUCUAAAGUCCUAAUGUUUCAAGGAGGGACAUAUUUUGAUGAAGAAUGGUAGUUAUUUUGUUGAUGCCUUCAAAAUGCAACUGUGUGCACUGAAGGAGAGAUUGAAAAUGACUACAAAAUGGCACUUUCAAGGGGGGCAGCAUAGAUUGACUACCUGACUUUUCUGCAGCACAGAAACCUCUUAUACUUGAAAUUAAGAACAUCCCCUCUGUAGCAGAAAGGAAAAAAAAGAACAGAACAAGCAGCGACAAACACAUUACAAAGUGUACCUUUCUAAGCUACACAGUUAGUACACUGUUCAGUUCUAUGUUGUUUUAUGCUGAUGAGAGACCGUGUUUAGGGGAUUGUUAAAGAGUACUGCACUAUUACAGACCUGCAGAAGCUGUUAUGUGAUAAGAUGCCACAAAACAGACUUGUUAUAGAGAAACAAUGGGGCUAUUUCAUGAUACUAUAGUGCACCUUACCAUACAGGAUUUUUUUUUUUUUUUUUUUUUUAGCAGUAAGUUUUCUGUAAAUCUUGUAUCAGUACAGGCUCCAUAUACAAAGUCAGCUGUAUAUCAUUAUUAACUCAACAUUUACAGUGAUCAUUUUCCCAAACCCUGAUCUGCAGAUGACUGGCAUGGUGCUCUUCAAACUUUAUGUGGGUAAAAUAAAACAACAACUUAAACGAGAUUGUUCUGGGAAUGAUGGAAUAUAAAAAGAGAUAAUAUAUAUUUUUUCCUGUGAAAACUAGACUGUUGCAAACAUCCUGCAUUAUAUACUUCAGAUACAAAAACUGCAACAUAUGCCAGGUAUACAGUUAUGCACAGAGGGGUAGAACUUUUAGCUAGGGCAGCUGUAAAGUGAGAAAGCAAGGGAGGAUUAUAUUGAAAUACCCACAUUCAACUUAGCCCAUUGAAAUGCAGAGGAGUAUACAUUCAGAUGUCAGAAUAGGUCCCAGUGAGUCUGGGCACUGUGCUCUCUCUCUGUCCUACACUGACACUGUCUAUUCCCUUCCUGUCUCUAUUUAAUACCCCGGAAGGACGCAUGUGUUGUACUAUAACGGCUCAGGUUAGCUAAUACUGAACUUCUAAUAUUAGACCUAUGCAUCUAAUCUUCCCCUCGGCUUUUUAAAAUGUUCCUGAUUUUUGCUUCUUUGUGUGUGUGUGUGUGUGUGUGUGUGUGUGUGUGUGUGUGUGUGUGUGUGUGUGUGUGUGUGUAUGUUUUAACUACGUCUUAAGAAUACAUUUUUUCCUGUUGAAAAUAGUACUUGAAACCUAUUACGUAUAUCAAGCAGUCAACUUUUUCCCUAGCUUAUUAACUACGCUUCCAGGGUUGCUUUGCCCAUUUUGGCAUAGUUUGUUAUUUUUUGUCAUAUGUUCUUCUUUUUAGUUUUGCCUUUCAACAUGUAGGUACAGCUUGCAAUUGAAAGAUGACUGAGAUAAGGUAAACUUGUCUUCCACAGUCACAUUGCUGAAAGCAAGUAGCAGGAAUACAUUUGUCACUCGUCUAUUGCAUUCUUCAAAGCAGCUGUCAAGCCCAUUGCAGCCAUUAUGAAGUUUUUAUUGUGCAUUACUGCGAGAUAGUAGCAAGCUCUGGGGAAGUCAGGCCUGUGGCAUUUCUGAAUGCCUUGUAUACCAGAAUAUGUUGUUGGUGUGCAAUGUGAGUUAUAAAAAUGGUAGAAUAAAUAAUGGUUUCAUGUUUUUCAGAUAAGCUAAUAUACAGUAACGUGAAAGUUACUCAGUCUCCGUAGAAAAAGAUUCAGCUUUCUAAUAAAGACACAGUUGUUGCUAUCUGUAACACAUUUUAGGAAGUACGUUAUGAUAGACUACUUGACCUAUUCAGAUAGUGGAGACACUUUGCUUCACCUAACAGUAUGAACAACCAGAGGCAAGUGUUUCAUAAAAAAGCAGACAGUUUCAGAUGUUCAGGAUUAUUGAAAAAUGUAUUGAGUUUUGUCAAGCAGAAAAGUUUCAGUCUGGCAACUUUCAGGGUUCUGGAGUCGAAGAAGCUGUCUUCCUUUCAAAGGGAAAGGCACUAAAGCAUUGCUUAGUCUUUUUCAGAUGCAUUUCUGCCCUGAAAUCUACUGAAUAGCAAGAACCACAAAUGUUGCACUGUUGUGGCUUUAAAAUGUGCCUUUGCUCCAAAAAAUGUUGAUAUGAAGAAAUU